GCUGAAGCGCAGAUGCAGGAUCGCUAGCUGUCGGUUACAUAGCGGACGACCAGCGGUAGGAGGAGGAUGGAGAUGCCGGAGAAAUAGCUAACGUCUCGGGGAAAAAACGACUCUGGGGGUUCCUCACGAAACAUUAACAGCGGCAGACAAUGAUUGAGAUGUUUCAAGCCACAGAGCUGAAUACCAAAUUGCCUUCUACUAUCAAGAGAUAGCCAGUGUGCUGAAUGGAGACCCAGGAGGAAUGACAGAGUCUUUUCCCCCUUGGGUGACGCACCGACAGUUUGAGAAAAUGCACUGGGCCGGCGGAUACGUUUUUCUGGUCCUGGCAUCCCUUAUCGCCUCUCGCACCACCGGGGCCUUAUCCGUGGACCCAGAUAGAAACGGCACGGCAAACAGCAAUGUGACUGACGGCGGAUUUGUCCCAGUUGUGUUCACAAGAGUGAACCAGAUAAUUGCCCGGGAGGGUAGUUGCGCACUGAUUGAUUGCAAUGUCACUGGAAACCCACUCCCCAGUGUUCAGUGGUUCAACUCCCAUGGAGACCGCUUGGACACGGAGAUGAGUGGUGGGAAGUGGUGGCUGCUGGACGAUGGCGUGCUCAACAUCACCAGCAUCGAGUUUGCAGACCGUGGGAAGUACACCUGCAUGGCGUCCAACGUGCAUGGCAGCUCCAACUGCACAGUGACGCUGCGUGUGGUCUUCACUAACGGUGACAUGGGCGUGUAUUACAUGGUGGUGUGUCUGGUCACCUUCACCAUCAUCAUGGCCCUGAACGUCACGCGCCUCUGCAUGAUGAGCAGCCACCUGAAGAAGACAGAGAAAGCCAUCAACGAAUUCUUCCGCACGGAGGGCGCCGAGAAGCUGCAGAAGGCCUUCGAGAUCGCCAAGCGAAUUCCCAUCAUCACCUCGGCCAAGACGCUGGAGCUGGCCAAGGUGACGCAGUUCAAGACCAUGGAGUUUGCGCGGUACAUCGAGGAGCUGGCUCGCAGCAUUCCGCUGCCGCCGCUCAUCAUGAACUGCCGCACCUUCAUGGAGGAGAUCCUGGAGGUGGUGGGGGUGGAGGAGAUGAGGCACACCUUCGUGCGAGCGCCAGAGGGAUGCCGCGAGAUAGCCGGCAGGGUCGCCUCCAUCGGGGUGAGAGACAUCUUCACCAUCCUGCAGGAGAGGGAGAGAGGGCGAGAGAGGGAGCGCAGCGAUUCCCCCGCCGCCGACUCAGACAACUCCUCAGUUCAAGAGCAGCCGCAGCACAUCGCCAUCCAGGUGUCUGUCCACCCGCAGCUCGCCAUCGAAGGUUAUUGCAGCAUCGAAGCUCCACCUCAGCCAGAGGCCACACCCCCCUCGCCUCCCCCAUCCUCCCCACCACCGCCCUCUCCCCUUCCCCAGGAGGAGCAGCCUGAGGCGGAGGGAGAGGAAGACACCGACCAGGCUGCACCCGAACCGACACCCGCAAAUAACACCCCUCCCUGCCAGGUGUUUUACGAGAGCCACGUGUGACGAAACAAACAAACCCUGGAGGAGCGACGAGUUAACCUGCUAUGCAUUUCAACUUGAAGACAAAACAAAAGGUCAACAAAAUAUUUUUAAUUUCCCAUUUUGGAAAGACACAAUCACAUGGUUUAUUUAUCUUUUUCUGAACGGAACAAUCUCUCUAAACCUUCGUAGGCUUCUCUUCUGAGAAUAAAAUCACAAGGUUUUUAGACAAGCGUUUUUUGUUCUCACUGGACUUUCAUGCUUGAAUGUACACGGGAGGGGUAAUCAAUAUUAUUAUUAAUGUAACAAGCAGUAAUUGUAAAGGGACAUUUCCUGUGUUGAGAUUUUGAUAGCUCAGACUUUUAUUUAAAGAAUUAGAGUACUUCACCCCUGGAGGGAGAAUGAUUCCUGAGUUUUUAGUUUCUUACCAUGCUCGGGUUUUACGCCUAACUCCAGAAAUCUGCCUCAAGCUGCUCUUCAUGCAGUUUUAUUCAAACCAUGAAAGCUUCAUCCUCUCAAGAAUUCACAUCCAGCUACUGUUGCAGUCGAUCUGCUGUUGUUGUGUACCGUUCUGCUCACCUAGAGAUGCAUGCUGGACGGAAAAGAGUGGCCACAUCAUGAUUGUACGGCCGACUGUAUAUCUAAAAAAAAACAAAAAAGAAGUAAGCCAGCUAAAUCUGUGUGUACAGUAUAUUUCCUGAUUAGGUCACACACACCUCUGGGGAGAGUUUAUAUCCGUUUCCUUUUUAAUUAUUUGAGUAUUAUUGUGGUGUGAUUUUCUGUGCUAGUUUUAAGCAGUUUUUAAAUAAAGUCUUAUUUCUCCUCCGUAGAGAACAGUAGCUUAUUUUUCCUCCGUCAUGUGCUGUUUUUAGGGUUUUUGAUUUUAACUCCUGACCUGAUCUCGGCAUCGUCUCGCUUCUGCAAAGGCUUUAAAGUACAGCUGCAUUUCUGCUGCAUGUGAAAAAAAGUGGACAGGGGAGAUGUUUGACGUCUUUCUCUGGGAUUCUCUUCUUCCUUCCUUCGCUUGACUAAUGGUCCAGUCUGUGGCGGAGAGAUGAACUGGAUGCUGUUAUGCUUUUACCCGGUGCUCCUGAGAUGACACUUUUGUUUCUAUUUUUUUUGUAGUGGAAUAAAAUGGAAGUGCUGUGUAUAAAAAAAGAAAACAUGGUUUCCACA